AUGCCCCAAGGCUUCGUUGCAAAGCCCACCAUUCCCAAGACAAAGAGCAAGCAUCAUACGUACUUUGAGCUCGUGGAGAACGAAGACAAGAAGAAGAAGCUUGAGUUCCAGGUAGUCAUAGUGAUGGAGCCAUCUUAGUUACCCAACUCACACUCCUCAUCAGGUCACCACGAAAACCACCCCGCCACCAGGGUUCGAAUUUGUUCCCUCAGGCAACCCCGAAUUGACAACGGCUUGCAAGGAGCUUUCCCGUGAGAAAGAUGCCAUGAUUUUCAUAGUCUCGGCACGUAUUUCCGCCCAGGAUCUCAUCACUUCACACGACUUACUGACCUCCUGCGCUGUAGACCACCAAUAAUGAGGACCCGAACAACCUCUCCCAUCAUGUUCAUCGGAUAGGUCACCACAUUCGAGAAACCAUCGUUGAAGAGGCAAGAUCAGGUUUAACCCACAUCCCCAGUCAGCCCGUUUCUGAUCUAGACGGGAAACCCAUGCCACUGCCAGACAACCAGGAUGAGUAUACAGCCCAGGCAAACGCCUCAAUCUUAGAUUUCUUCCCCCGCAUCCCCAACACUGAUCGGCAAACAAUCCUUGUGCAGUCAUUCAAUCUGGUAAGUAUAUCCAUUUGCAGGUUUGCUGUAUACGAUGACGAACCAUGCCUUCCCGCAGGCGAGUAAGAAACAACACCCGAAGCCAGUAGGCUUGUGCACAGACAUCCCAUUGUCGCGGAGGGUCCAACUAGCAGUACUUGCACACAUUCGCCAUACUCACACGAGAUACGAUGAACUACUCAAAGAAACAAGUUGGCUUAAUGCACGAAAAGUGGUCGAAGGUUUGUGUCUUGACAUUCUCGUCAAGUGGCGAGGCGAUGAGGAAACAGGUCGUGAUCAGCUGGACGAAAUCUUGCGAGAGGUUGUUGUCAUCUCGGAUUCCGAAGACGAAGAUGGCGAUGACGGUCAGACAGAGGAGUCGUCGGCUGAAGAGAUAACUAUGACUGGUGCAGGAAAGACGCUUGAUCUUGCGGGCUCUGUGCCCUUACAGACCGUCAACAAAACCCUACCACAAAGCCGCCACAAAAGGAACGGAUCCUCUGUCUCUGCCAGACCUGGAGCCGAACCCGGCGGUGUGGUUAAGUCCAGGACAACAGGUAGGAAAGAGCAGCGCGGAUUCAAGCGGUAUCGAGCCUGGGAAGAAGCAAUUCAACGCAAUCGCGAGGGACAUGCGCCCCCCCCUCAUGACUUCGAGAAGCCUACCAUCGAAAGGCGUACACCGUACAGCGGCGUUCAGAAGGACAAGAAAGAUAAACGCCCCUUGCUUGGUUCUCUGGGUACCGUCCCUCACCCAAAUGGGUUUGUACCGAAGCACCACCGACGCUCUGGUUCUGGUUCCGUUUUAGAUAUGCCACCUCGCCCUCGCUCAGCUUCCCUUGCACUCUCACCCCGCGAACGUCGAGCCACACCCGUUGCCCGUGAGCUACCACCUUCUACCACCGUUCCUCGUAUCGAGUCCCCCCUUGGCCCACGUCUUCAAGAUAUGCUUGUCCGCUCGAUAGAACCAGCAUCCCCCGAAGUCAUGCAGCCUUCAUUUGUCCGUACCUUGCCACCUAGAGUACAGCAUUCUCCCUCUCGCACCAGCUUGAAGCAACGCCCGGUUCGAGUCUCUUCUCCAUGGGAGUCGAGCCCUAGGGCAGCUCCGGUUUAUACUGAGCGUGGUGUACAAGGUGAACGUCAGCCAAUAGACUCCUUGCCACGACGUCACCUUGGGUAUGGCGAACCGACUCGCGAUUUUCACUCCCCUCAACCCAAUGACUUUGUCAGAAUAGGACCACGCCCUCCUACGUAUCCCGAUGAAGCUAGUAUUUAUGGCGCUCGUACUUCGGCUGCCAUUCCAACCAGGACAAUUUUCGUCGAUGCUGGUAAGCCCGGCUCACAACACCAACCCAUCAUUAUGGAGGACCGUGGUGGUUUCUACGAGAGAGUGCCGCUCAACCCCCAGCCUUAUCGUCCGGCUCCCGUGAAUGGCGAGAUUUGGCCAAGCCACCCUAGCCAGGCCCAACGGAGGGAAGCCUCAGCCCACAGAAUAAUUUCCCAGGAAAAUGAUCUAAGAUCGAUGAGAGAUAAUCGCCGAAUUAGAGAUGUUGAAGCGAUUCCAGUAAACGGGCUCCGCACACUUGCCCCAGAACAUUAUUCGCGCCUUGUGCCUGUGGACCACAACGAGCAGCAGUGGUCUCACAACCGAAACCUCUACGACACUGCUCCUGGACCUCCUGCGCAAAACUACCAGCGCAGAAUAGAGCCUGAAAUCGGGGUCCAAAGGGCUGGCGAGGGAAUCGCGCAGCCCCCGUAUCACUACACGCAGUAUGGCCCUUGGGCACUCCCAAAAGUCUUGGAGGAAAUGACCACCCUUUUACCUAACCUGAUAUCCAAUAUAGACAUUACGGUGGCAUGA